AAAGACAAUAAUAAAAACGUUUUAAAAACACAUUAUGACCUUACGUUGAGUAAAGGUUUUUAAUGUUAGAGAAUUUUAAAAAGAUUUCGUCAAACGGUCAAACUGGAGAACAUAAUGGAAAGUGUUACAGUUGGAGACCCCUGUCGUCACCAGAGGGAAGAACCGAGCGGCGAACUACGUCGUCACCUUUACGACCAAGAAGUUAUCUCUAAAAGGGAAAUAUGUCCUCCCUUCCCCCAGUUUAUAAAAGUCUUCAUGCAUCAUCUACAUCAAGUGGACACACCUCUGACUUCGUAGGUUUGAUUUGGAGCCAAGGUGCAUGCGGGACCCAGGGUCAGGGGCUGACAGUGGGCUCAGAGUUUGAUUUGACAGAAAUGUCAGAUGUUGAAUGCUCACACUUUCAGCAAUUCAUUCAAAUGCAAAUGGAGCCUGGGCUUUCAGACACUCCUAAGGCCAGUCCUCCCCCAGCUGCACUGGUAGUUCAAGACGCCUCUUGCUCUACAUGGAUUUCCCCUCGCACGUCUAGUCAAGCUAUUGACUUGACAACUUCAACCUCAAAUGAUUACCACAGUCUGGUGAUGCCAGGGGAAAAGACUCCUGUGUUUUAUGGUGAGGUUCCAAGUUUUGUGCUGGCCAGAAUCGGAGGAGAAGAAAGCCCAAUCAAGGCGGCUAUGAAGGAAGGGGCAAGUUCCAAGAACCGAGCAAGAGUGUGUCUGGAGAAAAGAUUCAACAGCAUGUGUCCUGAAACCACAAGGCAGCAGGAUAGUUGCUCUGCUGUUGUCAGCAAUCUUUUGACAGUAUUUCAGCAUUCAGCAGAGGCUCAAGAAGCAUUCACACAUUCUCAAACACAAAAGUGGGUAAAAGCUGAUCAAGCAAAUCCUUUUAAGGUUUCUAGCUCCCAUGUCGGAGGUGUUUCCGACCCGAUAACCAACGUCUUUGGUCAGGUUAUUGCACACAUGGCUGAACCCAACACACACCAGGGUUUAAUAAUGUCCCCCAGCUUUUCAUUUAACUUUUACCCAGAAUCCUCUGUUACAAAAACUGUCUGUCCUGACAGCAACAACCCUAGAGAGGAGGAAGAGUUGGCCAUCACUGAAAGUACAAUGAGUGGGGCGCAACAUGCCGUCUACAGAGGGCAUCGCAGCAGCCCGUGCUCUGAGCCUGUCAAGGCUGCCAAAACUGCUUCAAACCCAUCCAGAAAGUCCAGGAAGGGCGGCUGCAAAAGGGCUCGAUCUUGCAUAUCCCUAACCCAACGUAGGGAGAGACACAACAGCAUAGAGAGGGAGCGCAGGAAGAGGAUCCGCUUGUGCUGUGACGAGCUGAACACGAUGGUACCGUUCUGUGACUCUAGCACAGACAAAGUCACCACGCUACAAUGGACCACAGCUUUCCUGAGAUACAUCAAUCAAAUGUAUGGAGACAGCUUCAAGGAGGAGUUUCAGACGAUCUUCAAAAAAGAGAGAAAAGAGUUUUUCAAGUCCAGUGCCUCUUCAGGUCAGCAACCAUCCAACCCAAAUUCAGACGACACAUUGAGCACUCCUCUGGCAGCAGAACAAUGAUCUACUACAUGCGUAUUCCACAUGUAAGAGGACACUUUAAAAAAAAUAAUCAAUAAACUAAGAGUCUGUAGGGCUUAACUGAAAAGUUGACAUUUUAUGUGAUUGAAAAGUCCGAUUAUUUAACCCCACCUUAAAGAGUGGAAGGUUUCCAUUGGCUAAAUGAGGCUCAAAGUUUUCUGCAGUUGCAUCGUAAGACCACUAUGUGUCAUUGUAGUGUCAGAGUUGCCAAAACCAUUUCUAUCCAACUGAUAAACUGAAAAACAAAUAUAUUUCACACCAGAUGGCACUGUUUUCUGUUUAAAAAUGGGAAGGACUCUAAUGGCAAGAAGACUGUUCUUCAUCCAUUUUGUUUUAUUAAUACGUGUCACUUUUAUACUUCUUUAAAACAUCCAGCUGCAUGAUUUUUUUAGCUGAGGUUCAUACCGAACGUUCUUCAACUUACUAUAAAUCCUAUUCUGUGUAUGCAGUUAUGUGUUUUGGUAUUUAAACUUGCAAAAUAGUGAAUUAGUGGAGGUAUAAUGAUUUCAUGGUUUUUAGAGUGUAUAUUUCUGAAUAGUUUGGCUGGUCUGAUAUGUAGAGAAGAGUAAUGUUUUACUGAAAAGUGGCUUUAUUUGUUCUUACAACAUGUCGCUGUAGCAUUUUACUGUACAUACAACAGUCACCCACAAUAAUAAAUAGUAUUUAAAGUAAUGUAUAUUUAAUAGUUACAGCACCGGUGGUACACAGUGGAUGUGGUCAUUGCACAUUGAAAAACCCCCAAAAAAUUAAAAAGUUCCUAAUUUUAUUAAUGAAUUAUACAUGUCCGAUUUAUGCAUCCACAACGUUAUCCUGUUUAUGAUUCUCUUAGCUUUAGUUAAUUAACUUCAGUUUACAAGUAAUAUAAAAAAAACAAGCUGUAAAAAAGCAGUUAAGUCUUUUUGAAUUAUUCUACAAAAUCUCUGGGCACAUGGGACAGUACAUUUACAGCUCCAGCACCUAUGUCCAUAUUUUACACGGUCAGUUAGUAUAUUGAGGUAACACCUGUGAUUUACACAAUAAGCUGUGUGAAAUGAGCGUUCACAUCAGAGACGGUCACAGUUGCUGUCAGGGUGUUGUCUGCCACAAUGAUGAUAACCGAAACAAAUGGAGCAUCGAAAUGACAAUUACAAAUUCAUGCCAGUUGUUAUGUGACACAUUUGAGUCAAUACAGUUGUUCUAUUGCACUUUUCCUUGCCUGAUCCACUUUAUUUCAAGAUGUUACCUGUAAUUUUCUGGGUCUCUCAGUUGCUUUGGUGUUCCUGUCACUCGUGGGAUGUUCCUCCAUUCACACUUGUAGAUGUUAUUCCUCCUUGUGAUACAUGUAUUUAAAUAAAGAGGACUUGUUGUGAA